CCCGCACUUCACGCCCCUCCUCUCUCUCUAUUCCCGGGCAUUCCCACACACACUUGUCCUCCAUUUUCCACCUAUCGCCUGAUCUUGAGGCAGACGGAUAGUUCAUUUUCGGGUCCUCAGCCGGUGCAAUCCAUGUUGUGAAAUCAGGAGGAGCGCGACAUAGACCAAACUCAAACUGGCUCUUUCUCCACAACGGCGACAAUGGAUGCCGAGGUUGAGGAGGACGUGGAAGAUGGCGAGAUCAACAACGGGUUCCUAGGGGAAGCGGAGAUGGAGGACAGAAAAACUCUUGCGGCUGCUUACGGAGACGAGGUUUCAUGGGUUGAAGCCGUGCUCCUGGGCGCGAAGCACCUAGCGCCGGCCACCAACGCGGCGACAAGCGGAAACGGGGACGGCGGGGCACAAGGUGGUGACGACGAGGAGGAGAAGACACUGCUGUCCAGCGGGGAGCCUCCCCCCCCGGGGACCGCAGUCGACCGUCCCCCCCCUCCGGCCGCCGCAACCGCGCGGCUAGAAGCCGCCCUGGUUCAUAAGGUUACCGCUCUUCUCGCGGGAGGGGGUGAAGACAAGAAUGGACAGCACGACCCGGCGGAGGCUUUGGUGGAAACCCUGGCGGAGGCCGAGGCGGACGGGGUGGACGUAGCGAGGUGGCUGGGGCACGGACGGUCGUCCAUCCGCGGCCGGACCCCCCUCAUGGAGGCGGCGAGGAUGGACCAGACGGGAUGUUGUUCGGUGCUCGCCGAGGCGGCCUGCGCGCAGGGCGCGGGGCUCAACGCCGGCAACGAGACCCAGGGGAGGAACUCGGCGCUGCACUACGCCUGCCACGAAGGGUCCGGUGGUUCAGUGUGUGAGCUUCUCGUGCGAGGCGCCGACCCCCGCCUCCGGAACAGCGACGGAGAGACGGCCCUCCAGGCAGCCCUGGCGAACGGCCAGGCGGAAUGCGCGGACCUAGUGCGGGACUUUCUUCGCCGGCCGACCUUCGAGCCGGACCCACAGAGCGGCGACCUCUUCACUACCGCCACCGUCGCAGGCGUCGCCCCGCCCGCCGACCCCGCGUUCCCACGCAGACACGGAACGAGCGGGAGCCCGCUAGUAGCAGAAAAGGCAGGCGUUGCCGGCGGUGGCGGCGGCUCUGCGAAAUUCGUCGGAGGAGACAUAACAACAACCAGCAGCAGCGGUGCUAAAAGAAACAACACGAUCGGCGGGGGAGUGGCGGGAGUGGCCCCGGAGGUCCGUCGCGCCAACGCCGUCUUCUGCCUGGGCCGGAGGCGUCGCCGCCUCUGCAGAGGUUUCGGGGUCAGGCCCGGCCGAGGACUGGGCGUCGGCGUCGGCACGGCGUCGGCCGAGAUCGGCCUCGGAGCGAGGCGGGGCGCGCGGCUGCACGCGACCAACCCCUGCCCCGGGACCGCGAUGGAGGCUUUCGUGCUGUGGUCGAUCGCCGAUGGACAGGACCCGUUUCGCAGCGAGGCCGGGGGCGACGAGGGUGCCGAAGAUGAGUUUGGCGAGGCGAGGGGGAAGGAGGAGGACAGGGGCGCUGCCGACGUCUGGUUGGAGCACUAUGCGAGCCUCAGCCUAUGGCACGACCUCCAGCAGCGGCAAGGCGGUCGCAGUACGCGAGCAUCCGCUAGGCGAGGGGAGGAAAGUAACAGAAUACGGCCGAACGAGACUACUGGGCCACCGCAUCUCGGAGAAACAGCGGCGGCGGCGGCGGUAGACACGGCGAUCGCUGGCGGCGGCGGCGGCGGAAGCACGUACGCGCUCGUCGUGAAGGAGAGCAAGGUGCUGGCCGAAGGCAGGCGGUUCGAGCUGCGGUGCGGGGACAACCUUGUAAUCGGGCGGAGCCAACACCUUGCCGACAUCGUGGUCAAGGACGAGAUGGUCAGCAAGUGUCACCUCCGUAUCGCGAACUCCGAGCACGCCGGCGUCCGCCUGAGCGACCCCGGCAGCAAGCACGGGGCGGUGAUCACCAAGCCAGCGCCGCCCUCUACCACCUACGGCAACUCCGCAACAGCGGCGGCACAAGCACUGAGACAAGAAGGAGGAGGGGGAGGAGUAGGAGGAGGAGGAGGGGGAGAGAAAGGAGCACCGGACCCUCGCCCGGCGGGGCUCGGGGGUCCACCCCCCCCCCUGCCAAAGAAGAAGUUCUUCCCGAUCCCUGUCCCUCGGGAGCCGGAGUGGGUCGCGGGGGAGCACGGGGACCGCAUCUCGCUGGGCAAGACGGUCCUGGUUCUGCAGCGGGAAGGAGGGCCUGAGCCGUCCGCGUCGCGGCGGAGGCGAGUCGCGGGGCCGGGGGCGGGGGGGGCGGACGGGAGCAGCAUGGAAGGUAGCGGCGCCGGUGCUGCUGGGACCCGCGGCAAGCCAGCCCCGGCCGUGAUCUCCAAGGGCUUCACCGCCAACCCUAACCUGAUGAACGCGAUCCGGACGGCGGAAGAGACGGAAAGGGACAGGAAGCGUUCCGUGGCGGCUUCGCAGCUCGCGGCGGCGGCGGCGGCCCAGUACCUCAGCAGCAAACGGGCCCGCUCCACAGCAACAGCGCCACCGGCUUCUUCAGCAGCGCGACUAGCGAUAUCGCCGGCAGCGGCAGCGGCAGCCGCGGCGGCGGCGGCGGUGAAGGUGCAGGGCGCGAUGGCGACGGGGGGCGACGACGAGGAAGGCAAGCAGCAGGAAGACGGCUCCUUCGAGCACGUGUCCAAGGGCAGCAUGCUCCUGAGAAGGAUGGGGUGGAAGGAGGGGCAGGGCUUGGGCCGUCGGUCCGAUGGACCUCUUCGACCGGUUGAACGGCGGGGCGAACGCGCCGGACUCGGGACCCGAAGCAGCAGCAGUCCGUUCGCCGUCGGCGCCGACGGCCGCAUUAGCAAGUGGGAACAGAUGCGCCGGAGGUUUUCCGAGGCGGCGCAGUCUUCCGGGUCUGGGUUCGGAGAGGCGGGGCGACGAGCGAGCAGCGCCGGCGGGGGGGGCAGGUGGCUCAAGGGAGGAGAGGNGGGGCGGGGGGGAGGGGGGCGUACUCUCAUGUAUUACAUGCCUUAUCGUUAGACCGUUGACCACGCGUCCUCGAGAAGGGGGGGAGGGAAUGAUGGUACAGAGAGCAAGAGGUUCGAUAAAACGUUUGUUAGCGCGUUUUGAGAUAUUUUCGUCUAUGGGCCGCCCGCCCCCGAGAAGCAAGCACGUGCGUCUGCCUGUUGGUGGUUCCCGGCCGCAUCCUUUUUCGCAAUAUUGUGAGCGGUAGUAGCCUGUCAGCGGAUCGUUGGCUCACAGUUGCUCGACCCCAAGCAUUUCGUCGUCGACUUUGUCGACACCAGGUCAAGGACACGCCACCGCACCCCCCACUCGUCGCCCGAUGCCCCGCUGCCCCACCUUCCCGCGGGAGGUAGGCAUGGUGGGGUACUACGCUCCACCUGUCUGCGCCCACCCGUCCUAGGCGACGGGAAGAGAGGCGAGGCUGUCUUCUGCGCACCCCCCCCCCCCCCCCCCCCCCCCCCCCCCCCCCCCCCCCCCCCCCCCCNCCCGCCGCCCCCUGCGAACAGUUAGAGAGGCGAGGCGAGGCACAGACCAACCUGGCCAGCAACAAGAGCAGCGGCCUACGAAAGGGUAGUUCCUCGUACACGUAGAGGCGUGAACGCUUCGAGCAAGAGGGGGGGGCUUGCUUGGACUGUCCGGGAACGGACGGCGGCUGCUUUCGCAAGGUCGCAGCCCUUGUUUUUUUGUUGUGGCAACCUUAAACUUCGGCAGCACGUCAGCUCUUGGUGUGAUGGCAUUUUUCCGGCGGGAAAUUGGACGUGUAUCCAGGAGUGUAAUACACGCUAGAAAUUAGGGUGGAUACGUGGGAGUCUUUUGGAGCGCGGCCAUGCAGGCGAGGCGGUGCCGCAAGAGGGAAUGGCGGCGGUAGGGCCGAACACAACCCUCCAGAUUCAGCGCGGACGGAAGAGAGAUAUCCAAGAACAAGGAG